CAGACAUCGACAAAUUAUUACGACGAUUGUAAUCCUAUUUUCCAACAGUCGCCAACAUGCCUCCAAAGGUCGACCCCACUGAGAUCAAGAUCAUCCACCUUCGGGCAACCGGUGGUGAGGUCGGCGCAUCUUCUGCGCUCGCUCCUAAGAUCGGUCCUCUUGGUCUUUCCCCCAAGAAGGUCGGAGAAGAUAUCGCAAAGGCAACUGGCGACUGGAAAGGACUCCGUGUCACCGUCAGACUUACGAUCCAGAACCGUCAAGCAGCGGUUUCCGUUGUCCCAUCCGCCUCGUCCCUCGUCAUCAAGGCCCUCAAGGAGCCCCCGCGCGACAGGAAGAAGGAGAAGAACAUCAAGCACAGCAAGUCCAUCACUCUCGAUGAGGUCAUUGAGAUCGCACGCACGAUGAGGUUCAAGUCGCUGGCAAAGACGCUCUCCGGUACGGUCAAGGAGAUCCUCGGAACGGCAUUCAGCGUUGGCUGCCAGGUUGAUGGAAGAAGUCCAAAGGAUGUCAGUGACGAUAUUGAGAGCGGAGAGAUCGAGAUUCCUGAGGAAUAAAUGGGAAUUUUGUCUUUUCUUUGCACUGUAACCAAAGCUUCAUGCUUCACGAAUAGGCUGUGAGAGCAAUGACAUUGAUUCUUCCAGAUGUGCGUUUCCAUACAAUGUGCAUGUCUACAACUGUGCAAUGAACCAACGGCCACUCGGAUCCUUGAAAAUGCUGUG